AUGUCGAGUACUACAAUUAUUUGUAUUCAACUAAUCAUUCUGAUCACUAACGUCAUAUUUAUUCGUUUAACAAUUGCUAUUAGUCAGUGUGAUUUAUCAAGUGCUAUUAACUUACAAUGGGCUACAUAUAGUCAUUCGUUAAUUUUACGCGUUCAACCAAUACGUUCAUCAGAACAAGGUUAUGCGAAAAAUAUGACUAUUAUUAGGAAAGUUCUUGUACGUGAAGUUAUUAAAAUGUCAAGAAUUAAUCGUCAUCAAGAUCAACUAGUCAAAAUGAAUGAUAUUGUCAUAAUAAAAAUAAACGAUAAUGAUAACGAAUAUCUUGAUGAUUCAUGUUGGCAUUUACUUCGAAUAUCAACUGUUGAUAUUAUCCUUUUUCUUAAUGAUACUAAUACUAAUGAAUUUGAUUUACAUUAUCCACCAGUUGAAUCAACAUUUCGUACACGACAACAUAUUGAUGUAGUUCUCAAUCAUGAGACAUAUCCACCCAAAGUUCUAAUAAAAACUCGCCUAGAUAAAGCCAUUUUGUCAAAAGAUUAUUUUCUUCAAUGCAAUUCACGUGGUAAUCCAUUACCUCGUUUAUUAUGGAGUAAAAAAAACGAUAAAAACGAUAUAUUAGAAUAUUAUCCAUUAUCUAAACAAUGUAAAACAUCAUGUCGAAUUUAUUCUGUACAACAUAAAUAUCAAUCAAUUUUAUAUUUUCGACCGUUAAUAUUUGAUGAUAUUGGAAUUUAUAUUUGUCAUGCAGAAAAUCCAAUGAAUCAUACAACAACUAGUGUUUAUUUAAAUAUAGAUAAUCAUCAUCAUCAUCAUCAAUCGAAUAUAAAUGUAACAUGUUCUAGUUUAAAAAAUUGUCAUGAUCAUGGACAAUGUAUUAUUAUUAAUAAUCAAAUGAAAUGUGUUUGUGACAAUCGAUAUUUUGGUGAACAAUGUGAAACGAAUUAUGAUGAUAUUAUAAAAAAACAAGAUUCUGCUAUUCUUUUAUUUCAAUCGCGAUUCUUGGCUGGUUGUAUUCUUUUUUCUGUUGCAUUUUUACUUCUACUACUUGCAGCUGUAUCUUGGUUUCUUGCAAGAAAUAAUAGAAAACAACAAAAGAAAUUGAAAAAGAAAUUAUUAAUAAAAAAAUCAACCGAAAAACCACUUGUUAUACCUGCUAAAGAAACGAAUCCUUCAACGAAAAUUAAUGGUACCAUUCCAUCAUCUACUCCAAUUGAGCAAAUAAAUAAACCUCGUACUCCUCCUCCUCCUCCAGCUACUGUUCACAUUAGUCAUUUACCCGGGGUAGAAAAAAACCCAUUAAUACAUCCUAUUAUUCGACAGACGAAUAUGCCAGCAGUAUUAACAAGAGAAUCAUCAAUUGCAACAGAUGAUGAUGAUGAUGAUGGUGAUGGAAUAUAUAGCUAUUUACGUCAUUGUCAAACAUUACCACCUGUACCAACAAAAAUCGAUGAAGAAUAUGAAGAACGUUUUUCUUUAAAAAUGAAUAAAUCUGAAGAACACGGUCUUGGAUAUUUAACAAAUGGAAUAAAUAAUAAUGAACUUUCACUUUCACAUAGUUAUGUUGAUUUUUAUCAACCAGACCAUCAAACAGGUUUAAUUAAACCGUUAAACAUACGAAAAGAUCCACCAGAACGUUAUACAAAAUAUGUUUCAUCAUAUAGUAAAUUUGUUUUACCUCGACCAGUCAAAUCAUCAUCAUUAGAAUAUCAACAAUGA